AUGGCGGCGCCCGCGCUGAGGAAACGAGCUGAGGUUGGCGUGACCUUUGAGGACAUUGCCCUGUACUUCUCCAGGGAGGAAUGGAGCCUCCUUGAUGAGGGUCAGAGACAGCUGUACCUGAAUGUGAUGCUGGAGAACUUUGAACUUGUAUCCUCGCUGGGUUGCUGCUGUGGAGCAGAGAAUGUGGGGGCCCCUACUAAACAGAAGGUUUCUGUAAGAGUGUCACAGGCAAGGAAUCCCACUGAAGCCUUGUCUUCCCAGAAGAGCCACCCCUGUGAGAGUUGUGAGCUGGUCUUGGGAAACAUUUUCCACUUGAUGGAGGGGCAGGGAGCACAACAUGGACAGAUACUGUUGAGAUGUGGUGCAUGUGCAAAACGAUUUUAUUUCAGUGCAAAAUUUCACCAGCAGCAUGUGAGAGAGACUUUCAUGAGAGGUGUGGAAAGGAACUCAUGUGCAAACAGCUGCAAUUUCAAGGAGUCUCAGAAUCGUUUUUCAUGCGGGGAGGUUGGGCAGGGUUUACUUACUGGGUCAGGACAUCUGCAUCUAAUGGAUACUCAGAACAGAGACAGUCCCACUGCAAUUUUGAUGUGUGGGAUGACGUUUCCAAGGAGAAAAAAUUAUUACAGUAGAAAAGAAUGUAAGAAAGACAUUAGUGGCACCCACACGUUUAUUCAGAAAAAAUGUGCCCAUCUUGGAAUUCAAUGUUUUGUGUCCUCUGAAUGUGGAAAAUAUUUUACCAAAUUAUCUACCUUUCAUUAUCAACAGCGAGGUCACACUGGAGAAAAGCCUUAUAAAUGCAGUGAGGAUGGGAAAACUUACACCAGUAGCUCUGAACUUUGUCGUCAUCAGAGAGUGUACACUGGAGAAAGGCCUUAUCACUGCAGUGAAUGUGGGAAAUAUUUUACCAGGAUCAGUCAUCUUCAUUGUCAUCAGAGAGUUCAUACAGGAGAAAAGCCUUAUAAAUGCAGUGAAUGUGAGAAAUCUUUUACAAGGAGCAAUAGUCUCCACUAUCAUCAGAGAGUUCACACUGGAGAAAAGCCUUAUCAGUGCAGUGAAUGUGGAAAAUCUUUUACAGGGAGACAUGCUCUCCAAUAUCAUCAGAGAGUUCACAAUGGAGAAAAGCCUUAUAAAUGCAAUGAAUGUGGAAAAUCAUUUACAAGUAGCUCUACUCUCCAAUAUCAUCAGAGAGUUCACACUGGAGAAAAGCCUUAUCAAUGCACUGAAUGUGAGAAAUCUUUUACAAGAAACAGUGGUCUCCACUAUCAUCAGAGAGUUCACACUGGAGAAAAGCCUUAUCAGUGCAGUGAAUGUGGAAAAUCUUUUACCUCUAAGACUGUCCUUCAUCAACAUCAGAGAGUACAUACGGGAGAAAAGCCUUAUCAAUGCAGUGAGGAUGGGAAAACUUAUACCAGUAGCUCUGAACUUUGUCGUCAUCAGAGAGUGUACACUGGAGAAAGGCCUUAUCACUGCAGUGAAUGUGGGAAAUAUUUUACCAGGAUCGGUGAUCUUCAUCGUCAUCAGAGAGUUCAUACAGGAGAAAAGCCUUAUAAAUGCAGUGAGUGUGGAAAAUCUUUUACACGUAGCAGUGGUCUCCAAUAUCAUCAUAGAGUUCACACUGGAGAAAAGCCUUAUAAAUGCAAUGCAUGUGGAAAAUCAUUUGCAAGUAGCUCUGCUCUCCACUAUCAUCAGAGAGUGCACUCUGGAGAAAAGCCUUAUUAGUGCUGUAAAUGUGGAAAAUCUUUUACAGGGAGACAUGUUCUCCAAUAUCAUCAGAGAGUUCACACUGGAGAAAAGCCUUAUCAAUGCAGUGAAUGUGGGAAAUCUUUUACAAGAAACAGUGGUCUCCACUAUCAUCAGAGAGUUCACACUGGAGAAAAGCCUUAUCAGUGCAGUGAAUGUGGGAAAUCUUUUCUUCGUCGUCAUCAGGUAGUUCAUACAGGAGAAAAGCCUUAUAAAUGCAGUGAAUGUGGAAAAGCUUUUAAAUAGGGAUCUGACCUAGGUAAUCACCAAGCUUUGCACACUGGAGAACGGCCUUUUGCAUGCAGUGAAUGCGGAAAAACUUUUACCAGUGGCAGUGCCCUCCAUUAUGAGCAGAGAGUUCACACAGGAGAAAGGCCUUAUGAGUACAAUGAGUGUGGGAAGAAGUCUUUUACAGGUAAUAGUAUUCCUCAUUGUCACCAGAGAGUUCACGCUGGAGAAAAGCCUUACAAAUGCAGUGAAUGUGGAAAAGCUUUCACCUCUAAUACCCAACUUCAUAAGCAUCAGAGAGUUCAUACGGGCGAAAAGCCUUAUCAAUGCAAUGAAUGUGGGAAAUCUUUUACCCAGAGUUCUUCCCUUUAUUGUCAUCUGAGAAUUCAUACAGGAGAAAAGCCUUAUAAAUGCAGUGAAUGUGGGAAAUCUUUUACCCAUAAUUCUGCCCUUUAUAAGCACAAGAGAAUUCAUACAGGAGAAAAGCCUUAUAAAUGCAGUGAAUGUGGAAAAUCUUUUACCAAGAAUACUGCCCUUUGUAAUCAUCAGAGACUUCAUACAGAAGAAAAGCCUUAUAAAUGCAGUGAAUGUGGAAAAUCUUUUACCAAGAACGCUGCCCUUUGUAAUCAUCACAGAGUUCAUACAGGAGAAAAGCCUUAUAAAUGCAGUGAAUGUGGAAAGUCUUUUACACGUAGCAGUGGUCUCCAGUAUCAUCAGAGCGUUCACACAGGAGAAAAGCCUUAUAAAUGCAGUGAAUGUGGAAAGUCUUUUACACGUAGCAGUGGUCUCCAAUAUCAUCAGAGAGUUCACACAGGAAAAAGCCUUAUAAAUGCAGUGACUGUGGGAAAUCUUUUCGAUGGAGAAAUAGUCUCCAAUAUCAUCAGAGAGUUCACACUGGAGAAAGCCAUUAUGAGUGUAAUUAAUGUGAGGCAUCUCAGGCAUAUUUCUAAAUUCACUCUCCACAUAAGAGUCCAAAUGUGA